UGAGCGUGCGCCAUGUCUAGAAGGAUGGCCCAUUGUUUACACUUCCUUCACCUGAUCACCGUAGCUUUCUAAAUCACGGGCACUUAACGCGUGAGAAGCCCAAUGAAAACCCCUCCAAAUUACCUUAAAAUCGUAGUGCUGCACGGCGACAUGAUCCCCUUGGCUUCUCGGUGACGUCGACGUCGACGACGACGACUGCAGCCGGGCCGGGCAUGGCUAAGAUGGUGAUCAGCCUGGGGAGCUCGCGGCGGAGGAAGCGCGGCGAGAUGGUGUUCCGGUUCGAGGCCUUCUGCCAGCCCGGCUACCCGGCGCAGUUCGCCGGCGCCGGCGGCUUCCGGGACGACGUGAGGACGCUGCUCGGCUUCGCGCACCUGGAGGCCGGCGUGCACGGCGAGACCAAGUGCUGGUCGUUCCAGCUCGAGCUGCACCGCCACCCGCCGACCGUCGUGAGGCUCUUCGUCGUCGAGGAGGAGGUCGCCGCCUCGCCGCACCCGCAGUGUCACCUCUGCCGCCACAUUGGGUGGGGGAGGCAUCUGAUAUGCAGCAAGAGGUUUCACUUCGUGCUGCCGAGGAGGGAAUCCGCGGCGGAAGCCGACGGCCUGUGCUUCGCGAUCGACCACGGCGGCGCCGGCCCGGGGAAAGCGUCGUCGAAAGGGACGACGACGGCGGCGGCGACGGCCUCCGCCAGGGGCCACCUGCUACACGGCGUCGUGCACCUCAACGGCUACGGCCACCUCGUCGCCCUCCACGGCCUCGAGGGCGGCUCCGACUUCGUCUCCGGCCACCAGAUCAUGGACCUCUGGGACCGCAUUUGCUCAGCCUUGCACGUAAGGAAGGUGAGCCUGGUGGACACGGCGAGGAAGGGGCACAUGGAGCUGAGGCUGCUGCACGGCGUCGCGUACGGCGAGUCGUGGUUCGGGCGGUGGGGGUACAGGUACGGCCGGCGGAGCUACGGCGUGGCGCUGCCGUCGUACCAGCAGUCGCUACACGCGCUGAGCUCCAUGCCGCUCUGCGUGCUGGUGCCGCACCUGUCGUGCUUCAGCCAGGAGCUCCCCAUGGUGGUCACCAAGUACCAGGCGAUCAGCGGCCACAAGCUGCUCAGCCUCGGCAACCUCCUCCGCUUCAUGCUCGAGCUGCGCACCCGCCUGCCGGCCACCUCCGUCACGGCGAUGGACUACCGGGGCAUCAUGUCGGAGGCCUCGUGCCGGUGGUCGGCGAAGCGCGUCGACAUGGCGGCCCGCGCCGUGGUGGACGCGCUCCGCCGCGCCGAGCCCCCCGCGCGGUGGGUCACGCGGCAGGAGGUGCGCGACGCGGCGCGCGCCUACAUCGGCGACACGGGCCUCCUCGACUUCGUGCUCAAGUCCCUCGGCAACCACAUCGUCGGCAACUACGUCGUGCGCCGCACCAUGAACCCGGUGACCAAGGUGCUCGAGUACUGCCUCGAGGACGUCUCCAGCGUGCUCCCGGCGGUCGCCGGCGGCGUGCCGAGCCAGGGGAAGAUGAGGGUGCGGUUCCAGCUCACCCGGGCGCAGCUCAUGAGAGACUUGGUGAACCUGUACCGCCACGUGCUCAAGGAACCCAGCCAGGCGCUCACCACCGGCGCGUUCGGCGCCAUCCCGGUGGCCGUCCGGAUGGUCUUGGACAUCAAGCACUUCGUCAAAGAUUACCACGAGGGGCUCGCCGCGACCAGCAAUGGCGGAUUCGGGCAUCCCCACAUCAACCUGUGCUGCACGCUGCUGGUGAGCAACGGGAGCUCGGAGCUGGUGCCUCCGUACGAGACGGUGACCCUGCCGGCGCACGCGACGGUGGGCGAGCUGAAGUGGGAGGCGCAGAGGGUGUUCAGCGAGAUGUACCUCGCCCUGAGGAGCUUCACGGCCGACUCCGUCGUCGGCGUCGGCGCCGACCAGGAGGGCAGCCCGGUGCUCGGGCUGGUCGACGUCGGAAGCGCCGUCGUCGUCCAAGGUAAUGUCGGCGAGCAGCAGCCGCAGCAGCAGGAACGGAACGGGGAGGGCCACGAGACGGACCCGAGGAAGGCGGCGGCGGCCGUGUGCGAGGGGAGCGGCGGCGAACGCGAGAGCGUCGUCGACUGCGCGUGCGGCGCGGACGACGACGACGGCGAGCGCAUGGCGUGCUGCGACAUCUGCGAGGCGUGGCAGCACACGCGGUGCGCCGGGAUCGCGGACACCGAGGACGUCCCGCACGUCUUCCUCUGCAACCGGUGCGACAACGACGUCGCGUCGUUCCCGUCCUUGCACUGAUGUGAUGUGCUACUGCUGGCUGCUGCUAUAGGAGUAUAUAUGAUCGAUGCUAUCUUAAGUAUAAUCGACAAUGCAAUUUGUUUCCUCGGCAAAACCAAUAUGAAACCAAAGGAUGUAACCAUUGGGGCUUCUUUGGAACGGAAGAAACGUAGAAAUGAUACAGGUCUUCGCAGGAAUCCGUCUAAUUCCCGUGAAAUUUCUCUAGAAAUCUUACAUUCCGAACAACACCUUUAGGACCCUUUGAAUCACAGGAAUAAAAA